AUGCUGUACACCAGUGGUUUGCUUCUCCUCCUGCUCAAACCCCUACUGUGGCCUAGUGAAGCAUACCCGCUUUAUGACCCGGAACCAGAACCAGAGCCAAUCAUGGGACCACCGGAGCCUCCAAUAGGGAUACUGGAGCCUGUACCAGGGCCACCGCCGCCUCCAAUAGGGCCACCGGUGCCUCAGCCUAUUGAUCCUGUGGAAUGGACAGAAAAUGGAGAGAUGGUUGAAGCUGAAACAAUCGGUGCUCUACUUGAGACUCCCAAAAUGAUUCACAAAGCUAUUCUACCUCUAUUCGUGAUUACAUUUCUGCGUUUGUCUUGUGAAGCACGUCCGUUUCCGUUUAUGGGACCACCACCACCACCGUUUAUGGGACCACCACCACCACCUCCUCCUCCAAUGAUGAUGAGACCAAUGAUGAGGCCAAUGAUGCCACCACCUCCACCUCCACCACCUCCAAUGAUGUUCCGCCGACGUGAUCCCAUUCGAGGCAUGAUUGCAGGUGCUGCAAUUGGCGGUCUUCUUGGUGCAAUGGGAUAA